ACAAGGCCUAGAAUCCAGUAGUUGCCCCAUAAACGGUGCCAUCGGUGGUUUCCAGGAGGCGACUAACUGCCCAGACUUAACCGGGAAAAGUAAGGUGGGAUUAGUCGCGGGUCCUGCGGGUUUGCUGUGCGCAUGCGCCUCCUUGGGGGAGGGGCGCGCCGGUCCCGCCCCCUCCUCGCGUUCCGGGCGCGUCCCGCGUGCUGGGGUCGCCCCGACUGCUUCCUGAGUGGCCGUGAGCGAGGCGGUGACACCAUGUCCCUGGAGGCGAUCCGCUACUCUCGGGGCUCGCUGGAGAUCCUCGACCAGCUGCUCCUGCCCCAGCACAGUCGCUACGAGGCAGUGGGCUCGGUGCGCCAGGCCUGGGAGGCUAUCCGCGCCAUGAAGGUGCGCGGCGCCCCGGCCAUCGCGCUCGUGGGCUGCCUCAGCCUCGCCGUGGAGCUGCAGGCGGGCGCGGGGGGACCGGGACUCGCCGCGCUGGUGGCCUUCGUGCGCGACGCGCUGAGCUUCCUGGUCACCGCCCGGCCCACCGCCGUCAACAUGGCCCGCGCUGCCCGCCACCUGGCCGAGACCGCAGCCCUGGAGGCUGAGCGCGAGGGCGCCACGGAGGCGGCGGUCCGGGAGAGAGUGAUCCGCUGCGCUGAGGACAUGCUGGAGAAAGACCUCAAGGACAAUCGGAGCAUUGGGGACCUAGGAGCCCACCACAUCCUGGAGCGGGCAGCUCCUGGGGGCGGCAAGGUGACCGUGCUGACCCACUGUAACACUGGUGCGCUGGCCACUGCUGGCUAUGGGACAGCUCUGGGUGUGAUCCGCUCACUGCACACCCUGGGCCGUCUGGAUCAUGCCUUCUGCACGGAGACCCGACCCUACAACCAGGGAGCCCGGCUGACCGCCUUCGAGCUGGUGUACGAGCAGAUCCCCGCCACCCUCAUCACGGACAGCAUGGCGGCAGCUGCCAUGGCCCACCGGGGCGUGUCAGCUGUCGUCGUGGGAGCCGACCGCGUGGUUGCCAACGGUGACACGGCCAACAAGGUGGGCACCUACCAGCUGGCCAUCGCUGCCAAGCACCACGGCAUCCCCUUCUACGUGGCUGCACCCAGCUCCUCGUGUGACCUACGUCUGGAGACGGGCAGGGAGAUCGUCAUCGAGGAGCGCCCAGGGCAGGAACUGACCGAUGUCAAGGGGAUCAGGAUUGCAGCCCCCGGCAUUGGGGUUUGGAAUCCUGCCUUUGAUGUCACCCCCCACGAGCUCAUCACUGGCGGUAUCAUCACAGAGCUGGGGGUCUUUGCCCCUGAGGAGCUCCGGGCAGCCCUAAACACCACCGUCUCCUGAGGGUCGUGUGAUCGCCCCCAAGAAGUCGCGCAUCGUGCAGCAGCGAAAGCUCAAGAAGGACCUGGAGGUCGGGAUCCGGAAGAAGAUUGAACACGACGU